AUGACUCGUGUCAAGAGUUUCUUCGAGAGCCGUCGUGCCACUAUGAUCGCUGGGUCUCUCCUCUUCGUCGUCGCUGUUUCUGCGACGGCGAACCCAGGGGCUGUCAAGAGACAGGCGUCUGCCACUGCGACCAAGACCAGCAUUGACUUUGAGAGCUUGACGGGCUGUCAUAUGCAUGGUCCUACUCAGUUCUGUAUGGAUGGCUCUGAUGAGUAUCAGAUCAUUCUUGAAGCGACCAUGACAAAGGAUCCUCCCACUUCGUACACAGACUGCCACAGCCAUGGCUCGGACACAUACUGCAUGAACCCCAACGGCGGAGAAGUCCAGGUCCUCGUGGAAGGUGCUACAGCCACUACUCAGACCGCCAAAGAAACUGCUGCCGCGAAGAAGGACGAGAUCACUGCCGUAAGAUUCGUGUCUAACAAGACCAGCUACUGCAUAGGCCCCAGCUCAUCAGAAUACUACGUCCAGACUACCAUCACCAACACCGAGGAGUAUCCCGCUCAACUCACAAGCUGCCACAGCCAUGGCGAAGAAACACACUGCGUCGGCGGUGGCUCAGAAGAGGGUGGUCAGCGAGACUGUGGUCGUAAAGACAGAGACUACAAGAUCGGCAUUCGUAUCGGAAUGCUGUUCGUCGUUCUGGUCGCCAGUUCCAUUGGUGUCUUUGGGCCGAUUCUCAUGUCGACAUUUGUUCCCGUGCGAUCGAACAUUGUCCUCACGAUUCUCAAGCAGUUCGGUACUGGAGUUAUUAUCUCGACUGCCUUUGUUCACUUGUUCACCCAUGCGUUCAUGAUGUUUGGCAACGAAUGUCUUGGCGAGCUGCAAUACGAAGCUACUACUGCUGCUAUCGUUAUGGCUGGUCUCUUCAUUUCGUUCCUUAUCGAGUUCUGUGUUCAGCGCGCCAUGCGAUGGCAGUUGACCAAGAAGACCGAGACCGACUCAGCUUACUUGUCACCUAAGGCUGUGGAGAAAGCCGAGAUGGCCAACAUUACCAUCAUGGAAGCUGGUAUCAUCUUCCACUCAAUCCUCAUCGGUAUCACUCUUGUUGUAGCAGGAGACUCCUUCUUCAUCACCCUCUCCAUUGUCAUCAUCUUCCACCAACUUUUCGAAGGUAUUGCCCUCGGUACACGGAUCGCCUCGCUUGGCUAUGGUCAAAUGCCCCUCGCUCUGGGUCACUCACACUCACACUCUACACCACCUCCAUCCGUUGAACGAACCGGAACAUCUACUAUCCCUCUGUGGAAGAAACUCGUCCUUGCUUCUGGCUUCGCCAUCGUCACCCCCAUCGGCAUGGCGAUUGGUAUUGGUGUUCUGAACGUCUUCAACGGAAACGACCCUGCUACCUUGAUCGCUAUUGGUACUCUGGAUGCUUUGUCCGCUGGUAUCCUCGUCUGGGUUGGUCUAGUUGAGAUGUGGGCUCAGGAUUGGAUGCUGGGAGGUGAACUCAGCGAUGCUAGCCCCCUUACUACGCUUUUGGCUCUGUUUGGUUUGGUCUGCGGCAUGGUCCUCAUGAGCUUGCUUGGAAAGUGGGCUUAA